AGAGAAAGAGAGAGAGAGAGAGAGAGAGAGAGAGUGGGAGAGAGUUCAUGUGUGCUCAGUGUGUCUGUCUAAUAGAGUGACCCCCCAGCGCGCUGUUUAAAGGGAAGACAAGAGAGCUGAGUCAACGAAUCACAAGCAGAAGGAUGCAACAGUUGAUGUGCGAGAGUUGCAGUUUUCUUGCAUUUGGAGGCAACGGAGGAUGGUUGCUUUGAUCUGUGAGGAGGAGCAGCACAGAUCGGAUAUUUUGUUGCGUUAAAAGCUCUUAUCAUCUGUCAGACAAGCCGAGAAUCAGACAGAAAGAUCUACAAAACAAACAACAAAAAAUCUAAAGUUUGUGCACUCGCGCGUCUUUUCUCCCCCAAAAUGGACAUCUGGACAGACAGGCUUCUGCAGGGACUUCAUGCUCUGCUGGAAUGAAGUUGGAGUGGAGGCUUUCUGAUGGUCUGCGGCGGUGAGUAGCAGUGCAGUCUGCACCAACAUGCAUCGGAUUCUGCAGAGGAGGCGAGUGCGCAAGCUGCGGGUCGUCUGGGCGUCCCUGGCCCUGGUGGCUCUGUCUCUGGCCGCAUGCAGCGCGCUGUUCACGGCGUGGACCUGGCGACAGACUCGGGACCUGUCCCAGUCCUUUAAGAUCCUGCAGGACCGAAUGGAGCAGGUCAACACACAGAGGAAGGCCAUUGUGCAGCUGAUUCUGGAGAAGAGAGAGCUGCUGGUGGGCCAGAGAGUCAAGAGAGAUGGGGGGGCGCUGCGAGGGAGGAAUGGAAGUGGAAAGAAAGCGGCGUCUCAUUUUGAGAUAACCAAAGUCUCCUCUCAGCAAGUGGGAGAAGGUGGCGUGAUAAAGGGCUGGGAGGAGAGGACGCUGAAUAUGAGUAAAGCGGUGAGGUACAACAAGGAACAAGGCACCUUCACUGUGGAGAGGGCCGGCGUCUACUUCCUGUUCUGCCAGGUGCUGUUCAACGAGCAGCAGUCUCAGUACGUGAAGCUGGACGUGGUGACCGGCGGCCAGCGGCCCCAGAAGCUGCAGUGCAUGGAGGGCUACGGCACCACGCCGUCCGCCGGCCCGCACCCCUUCCACUUCCUGAAGCCGUGCCAGGUGUCGGGCCUGCUGCGUCUGGAGCGCGGCACCGAGCUGCAGGCCGUCACCGGCUCCUCCUUCAGGCUGCACACGCUGGGGAACCCGUCCGCCUCGCCGCACAUCUUCAGCAUCUUCAAAGUGAACUGAGGAGGCUCGCGGCGCUCCGACCCGUCCGAGAAACAGCUGAAUUAACUCUUUUAUUCUGAGUUUUCUUCUCGAGGCGUCCCAUCCCGAACCCGCAGCCUCUUCCCACAGAUUAAAAGACAAAAGCUGACAUUUUUUGUGGAAGUUGUUGUGGAAUUUUUUUUUUUUUCCUGCUCUCUGGACAGCUGUGCUGUGCUGUUUUGGAACGCGAAUCGCAGACUUUUGGAUUAAAAGCGAGACCUGAAGCGGACUAAAUGCCUGGGUGGAUGUCUGCAGAGAGAACAGAUGUGAUGGAAGCUGCUCUCUAGAUAAAAAGGGCUUCAUAUAAAAAAGAAAAAUACUUGGAUGUCCCUCUUCGCCUUCGUAUCAUGUAAUAAAACGUGCUUACACUCUCUUUAUAAGACUGACAGUAAAGCUGUGCAUGCACCUUCCACUUUUAUAUCACCGGUGCCUGUCACAUCUAUACAGACACUAUAAAAUGAUAUUUUAUACAAUCUGUGUGUGAAUCAAACAGUUCUUCUUGAUUUUAUUCCUGAUCUUUAAAAUGCAAUGUGUGUUUGCGUGUGAAAAGUCUUUUUUUUUUACAUUUUUUAAAACACUUUGUAUAUAAACCACACAUACUUUACUUUUUACAUUUUUUAAAUGCCGCGGAUGUGAAUUUGUGCCCUUUUUUCUAUAAGGUCAGAUCUGAUUGUGAGGUAUUUGUAUGUAUAGUAUUGGCUUGAUUUCUCUGAAAAGCAAAACGUACAGAUUCAAAUAUAGCUGUGUCUCUCUUUUC